GAUUAAUACGCUUCCACUUGAGGGUUAUCUUGGUUGUACUCAAGCUCUGCAACUAAACAAAUGCGACAUCCAGAACCGAGGCGAAAUAAGAAAGAGAAAUGUCUUGGUUAGCCAGAUCCAUUGCGAACUCUCUAAGACUAGACGACGAGGACGGCGAGAACAAUGCCGUCGGUCCAGAACAGCCAGUGGAUUCGCAAUCGCACCAGUCAUCGCCGACACAUUCCCAUUCCCCUUCGUCAACGGACCCCAACACUCCGCGCGGAGUCAAAGAGGACCUCUCGGAGAUUACCAAAACCCUAAGCCGCCAGUUCUGGGGAGUGGCGUCCUUCCUUGCGCCGCCUCCAUCGGAGCCGUCUAAUCAAGCCGAACUCGAUCGGUCACCCGAUCCAGAGGCCUCUGAUGAGGCUGUGAUUGAAGGAAUCCGUAGCGAUUUUGCCGAGAUUGGUGGGAGAUUCAAGACCGGGAUCUCCAAGCUCUCGAACAAUAUCGCGGUCUCGGAGAUUAGUAAAAUUGCAUCGAAUUUCCUACAGUUUGGAUCCGAGGAGGAGAGUUUGGAGAAGUAUGAGGUUGGGGAUGUUGUUGGAGUGACCGAGGAAGUGGUCGCGUUCGCAAGGGACAUCGCGAUGCAUCCGGAGACUUGGCUGGACUUUCCUAUGCCUGACGAUGUUGAUUUUGACGAUUUUGACAUGUCUGAUGCACAACAAGAACACGCUUUGGCUGUUGAAAAUCUUGCACCUAGAUUGGCUGCCCUUAGGAUGGAACUUUGUCCAGGAUAUAUGAGUGAAGGUUGCUUUUGGAAGAUCUACUUCGUCCUUUUGCACCCUAGACUCAGUAAACACGACGCAGAGCUUCUGUCAACUCCCCAAAUAGUGGAAGCUAGAGCCCUGUUGACUCAGGAGGUACAGAGCCGAGUGACUACAAAUCUUGGACAAGAUCAGUCUGGAAGUGGCAUGCCCAAAGGAACUGCUUUUAUACCACGUGAUGAGUCUCUUUCUGUGCCUUCUUCCACUCAAUCUGAAUCAGCACCACCCAAGGCAUCUGGAACUGAAAUGGCACCUAACAGCACAGCAGUAGUAAUUGAAACAGAGAAGCAUCCAGUUCAGACUACUGAGAUGCUGGUUGUUGACAAGUCUGUUAUUGAGGAACAGCCUGUGAGUCAGAGCAAAUAUCAACAUCUUGUGGUUGGUUCCUCUUCUGUAGUUUCAGAUGAGAAAUCUGAUGAUGAUGGUGAUGACUGGUUAAAAGAGGAAACUUCAGAAGUUGUUGGUUCUAGUAGUGCUACCACAAUUCCUAUUGGAAAUGAUGAGGAUGUUUCUUUUAGUGACCUGGAGGAUGAUGAUGGCGAUGUACCCACAAGUUACAAGAGAGUGACAUCUAGCUCUGAUUCCUCAACAAAGGACUCGCGAGAUUGGGUUCAGCUUAGCACAAGCUCAGCUGACUCAGUUAAGGAUCUUAACUGUGUAGGUGAAAAAAGUGCUGGAUCUGAGCAGGUUAGUGCUCAUUACUCUGAGACCAAAGAAUCGAAUGAUUGGCUUGAUAUUGAAGAGAUCAUGUGAUAUGAAAUGAUGCCAUAAUAAAACUAUAAACCUCUUAGAUGUUUGUGUCCUACAUUCCAUUUGCUUAUAUUGACAGUGUGAAUAUCUACUGCUUCUUCAGUCUGAGCUAAGCUCUGGUGACAUUAAAUUUGUACAUAAUAAAUCCAGUCAAAUUCAGAUAAAUUAUGUAUACAUAACAUGGGAUAUCAUAUCCGUCUACUAUUGGAAUGCUUCGAUUGUUCAGCUCUAUUCUGUUAUGUCAUUGCUGCCUGCUCUAAAAGCUGUUUGUUUAAUAUAAACUCUUAAAGAUG